AGUUCCCCGCGCCACCGCCAGACACCAUGGCCGCGGAUCGGCGCGCCAAGGCCGAGACUCUGGCCCUGAGGCAGCGGCUGCUCAGCUCUUCCUGCAGACUCUUUUUUCCUGAGGAUCCUCUUAAGAUUGUCCGGGGCCAAGGGCAGUACAUGUAUGACGAACAGGGGACAGAAUACAUCGAUUGCAUCAACAAUGUGGCUCACGUUGGACACUGCCACCCUCUCGUGGUCCAAGCAGCACAUGAUCAGAACCAAGAGCUCAACACCAACAGCCGAUUCCUACAUGACAACAUCGUGGAUUAUGCACAGCGGCUGUCCAAGACUCUGCCGGAGAAGCUCUGUGUGUUUUAUUUCCUCAAUUCUGGAUCGGAAGCCAAUGACCUGGCCCUGAGGCUGGCCCGCCGGUACACAGGACACUGGGAUGUGGUGGUAUUAGACCAUGCUUAUCAUGGUCACCUGAGCUCCCUGAUCGACAUCAGCCCCUACAAGUUCCGGGACCUGGAUGGCCAGAAGGAGUGGGUCCAUGUGGCACCUCUCCCAGAUACCUACCGGGGCCCCUACCGGGAAGACCACCCCAAUCCAGCUAUGGCCUAUGCCAACGAGGUGAAACGCAUGGUCAGCAGUGCGCAGGAGAAGGGCAGGAAGAUUGCUGCCUUCUUCGCUGAGUCUCUGCCCAGCGUGGGCGGGCAGAUCAUUCCCCCUGCGGGCUACUUCCCAGAAGUGGCAAAGCACAUCCACAGGGCCGGAGGGCUCUUUGUGGCAGACGAGAUUCAAGUGGGCUUUGGCCGAGCGGGCAAGCACUUCUGGGCCUUCCAGCUGCAGGGGGAAGACUUCAUCCCAGACAUUGUCACCAUGGGCAAGUCCAUUGGCAACGGCCACCCUGUUGCCUGCGUGGCCACAACCCAAGCUGUGGCAAUGGCAUUUGAAGCCACUGGCAUCGAGUACUUCAACACGUUUGGGGGCAACCCGGUGUCCUGUGCUGUGGGCCUGGCUGUCUUGGAUGUCCUGGAGAAGGAGCAGCUGCAGGCUCACGCUGCCAAUGUGGGCAGCUUCCUGAUGGAGCUCCUUGGGCAGCAGAAAGCCAAGCAUCCCAUCAUCGGGGACAUAAGGGGCGUUGGGCUCUUCAUUGGUGUGGAUCUGAUUAAAGACAAGGCUAUGAGGACACCAGCAACUGAAGAGGCUGCCUACUUGGUAUCCAGGACCCAUACCUUGAGGCCUUCCCCUUCUUUUUGUCUUCUUUCCUAACUCCUGUAUUUCCCCUCCCCAUACUUCUAACGUGUAUAUUCUUGCUCAGAUUAUAAAGUGGGCUGUCUUGAAUUGGUAUAAAAGCCAACAUGCUGAUUCAGAGUAACCCAUAAGUGGCCCUGUCUGGCACAGCCACCAACUCACCCUCUCCCCCAAGAGCUUGCAAAUCAGGGGCAGGGGCUCAGUGAGCCACUAAGGAGUUAGAGUCCCCCUCACCGCAACACCCCCUCCACCACUACCACCAGCCUCAUAACCCCUCAAUGAACCUUGUUUGGGGAUGUUCCACCUAGUCACUGCUAGAUAAUGGCAGGGCUGGAUGUGAAGUCCAGACUUUGUUCUAGCAGUGGUCACAGCCAGGGAGAAAGGGAACACAAGGAAAGCACCACCGCCCCUUUCCUGACAAGGAGGUAUGUAUGGUCAGUGUAAUCUAAUCAGCCCCUCUCAGGGGCUAAAAGAACUUCACACUGCCAAUGAUCAAGAACUGUGAGGAUAGCGUUCCCCAAAACAAGCUGAAAUUCACACCAGUUAAUCCUGACAAGAUGACCUUGGAGGCUGGAGGGGUGGCAGGGUACAGGUUGGCAGGAAAGUUACUGCUCUGCAUGUUAAGAUGGUAGGCAUCUUCCAACCAGAGCAAACCAGUGUCCCACAAAGCAGAAUUAAGUGGUAGAAGCAGAAACCCUGACCAUCUGCACUGGCAGCCCCUUGUGGCUCCAGGGACAGAUGCAGCAAGGCCCCUCCUCAGGGGCUUAACACCAGGUACCUCAGGCUGGGGCCUCAAGAUGGGCAUGAAAAUGGGUGUAUGUGGUGUAUUCUGGUCCAAACUGGACUAUGAAGUCUUUAAGGGCAGUGUGGCCGAAAUUCGAACCCAUGACGUCAUGGUGAAGGGUCCUUCAUGGUACUUACAGGCUGAAGGAGAACUUUAUUUUGUUGAGCACUGACGGCCCCGGGAGGAAUGUGCUCAAGUUUAAGCCCCCAAUGUGCUUCAGC